UCUGCAAAAAUCCAAAGAAAACAUAGUAAAGUCACAAGUCAGGGUUAGAUUUAUUAUCUUUUUGUAAAAUGGUACGGCUUCCAAGUAUACUGGAGCUACAUUUUGCAUGUAUAAUGUUUACAGUUUAACCUAAUCAAAGGAUGGGAACAGCACUGAAACUUGGCCAUGUGUGUCAGUAUGCUAGAUGUACAGGAAGACGAUUACUGAGCUCUACCCAAGGGACAACAGCCCUACCCUAUGAUGUAAUAGUUGUUGGCGGGGGGCAUGCAGGAACAGAGGCUGCAUGUGCAGCAGCAAGAAUGGGAGUGCAGACUUUAUUGGUUACACACAAGUUUGAAACAAUAGGUGAAAUGUCUUGUAACCCAUCAUUUGGAGGAAUAGGUAAAGGACAUCUGAUGAAAGAAAUAGAUGCUUUAGACGGAGUGUGUGCCAGAAUCUGUGAUAAAUCAGGAAUACAGUACAGAAUACUUAAUAAAAAGAAAGGACCUGCUGUGUGGGGCCCUAGAGCACAGAUAGACAGAAUGCUAUAUAAGAAACACAUACAAGAUGAGGUGACGGCCACAGCUAACCUUGCUAUAGAAGUAUCACCAGUUGAAGAUCUCAUUCUGAAAACAGCUACACAUCCCAGUCAUGAUUUAAUGAAACAAGAAUGUUGUGGUGUAAAACUUGGUGACGGUAAAGAAAUAUAUGGCAAAACUGUAAUUCUAACAGCUGGCACAUUUUUGAGAGGAAGUAUAAAUAUAGGCUUAGAUGUCAUCCCAGCUGGCCGACUAGGAGAUCAGCCUGCUAUUGGUCUGGCUAAAAGUAUUGAGAAUGCAGGAUUUACAAUGGGUAGACUUAAAACAGGUACACCACCAAGACUAGAUGGUAAGACAAUUGAUUUCUCCAAAACAGAAAUAAAGUAUGGCGAUGAUCCUCCGGAACCGUUCUCCUUCAUUAAUGAUCAAGUAUGGAUUAAGGCUAGUGAUCAGGUGAUAUGUCACAUGACAAGAACCAAUGAAAAAGUAGAUAGAAUAUGUAUGGAGACUUUACACCUAAACAGACAUGUACAUGAAGAAGUGAAUGGGCCAAGGUUUUGUCCCUCAUUAGAAUCUAAAGUAUUGAGAUUUAAAGGAAGAACACAUCAAAUAUGGCUUGAACCAGAAGGUCUAAGCAGUGAUGUUAUAUACCCUAAUGGUAUAUCAUGUACUAUGCCAGAGGAACAUCAACUAAGAUUAGUACAGAGUAUUGCAGGACUGGAAAAGGCUCAAAUUGUCAAACCAGGUUAUGGAGUAGAGUAUGAUUUUAUGGAUCCUAGACAGCUACGACCUACUUUAGAAACGUUACGGAUACAGAAUUUAUACUUUGCUGGUCAGAUCAAUGGCACAACAGGUUAUGAGGAAGCUGCUGCUCAGGGAUUAAUAGCUGGGAUAAAUGCUGCUUUAAAAGUACAAAACAACCCUCCCAUGAUUGUGGACAGGACAGAGGGAUAUAUUGGUGUACUAAUAGACGAUCUGACUACCCAGGGAACCAAUGAACCGUACAGAAUGUUUACAAGUCGAUCAGAAUUCAGACUGGCUCUCAGACCUGAUAAUGCUGACAGGAGGCUUACAGGAAAAGGUUAUAAAGCUGGUUGUGUAAGUGACUAUAGAUAUAACAGAUCUAAACAACUAGAACAAGAACUGAUAGAGAAUGUAGAAUUAUUAAAAUCUAUUGUGAAACCAGUUACAAAAUGGAGAGUUAUCCUAAAAAGAGAAAACAACAGUAAUGUUAACUCAAGAAGUGCAUUUGAUUUGUUGCUGAAUCAGUACACUAUGGCUGACUUUGUUGAACAUUGUCCAGAGGAGUUUGGUCAUCUUAAGGAUAACAAAUAUCUUCAAAGGAAACUAGAGGUAGAAGCUAAAUAUGCUAAUGAGAUGGAAGCACAAAUGGAAGAAAUAAAUGAAGUCAGAAAAGAUGAACAGCUAGUAUUACCAGAUAGUUUAGACUAUAUGAGCAUGAAUGACAUAUCAACUGAUGCUAGAGUAAAAUUAACUGAAGUGAGACCUCUGACUAUAGCAGCAGCCAGUCGUAUCCCUGGAAUGACACCAGCUGCCCUUGUACAGCUACUCAAAUAUGUCAAAAUGAUGCAAAUAUCUAACUUUGCUAACAGAUAAUCCAAAAGAUACAAACCUUCCUGUGAAGAGAACAUAUAUGUCACUGUGCUUUCCAAUUUUAAUGGACUUGAAAUGCAAUCAAAGUGGACACCUUCAAGACUAUUUGAAUGCAACAAAUCUUUAUUUUAUGGCAAUGGAUUGCACAUUACACUGUUAUCAAAGUCCAGGUCACAAUUCAGUUGAUAUACUGAGUUAUUUUUAGUCAAAAGUUUUUUUUGUGAAAAUGAUAUGAAAGAUAUUUAUAAAACCUGGUAGGGUUGUUGCCAAUUAUGUUUUUAUGUUUAUAGACAACAGGGUUUAUUUGUUAAUGUUGGCAUAUUUGAAACAAGUUGGGCUUCUAUAUACUAGUACCUGACUUUUAUACUGUCUAGAGUAUAUAGUUCUUAGUCAUAUUAUUUUGGAUGAUAACUGCAGUUUUACAUUAUGAAUUGUAACUCAUUAAAACAAGGGAGAAAUUAUUAAUAAAGUGUAUUUGCCCAUCCAAGCAUCCAGUUAUUUGAACCUCUUGUAAUACAAGUGUUUCCAUAAAUAAAUGUGUUGUAACAUGAGCAUCAGUUGGUAGUGCAAAGCUUUUUACUUGCUUAUCUGAUAUUAUGAUAACGUCUUCUUUUGAAACAGCUUAAUUUAAGGACUAAGAAAACUAUUAAAAAAUACAGUAAUAUGCUCAUUCCACAUCUUUUUCAUAUUUACUGCAGGGUUUGUUACUGGUGCCAUGUGGAUGUAAUAGAUUGUGUUUUCGUUUUUGAUGUGUGUGAUUUUAUAAUUUAUCGUUAAGAUUUUUUGCUUGUGAGAGAACUGUCUUCAAAUUCCAUUAUACUAAUGUUUUAUUUCUUUUGCUGUUAUUUCUGUGUCGUUUGGUCUCUUGAGAAGAGUUGUUCUUUUGGCAAUUUUACUCAUCUCCUUAAUUAUAUGAUCUGAUACCUGAGUAAACAUUUAUCGCAAAAUAAGAGCUGCUCGACUAAAUACAUAUAAUGAUUGGCUUAUCUGCUGUUCUCUUACAAAAAAGUUAUUACAAUCGGUAUCUAUGAGAUGAUUAACUGAAU